AUGGUCCUCACAAACCUGAAUCCAGUCCGUAACUGGAUUCGUAGGGAGUAUCCUCGGCCAGAAAUCAAUCCGGAAUGGCUUCAAGGAUGUUGUACUGCACUGCAAGAGAACGACCCAAAUAUCAAUACUCGUGAUCUCAUUCACGCGGUCAACCUUCAACUUCUCCUUUCCUCGCUGUCCGACUCAUGCCUCCCGCAAACCGGGCUUCCUGCCCCAGAACUUCUCGAAGAUCUUCACGGCGAGAUGCUCUUCCAAAAGGAUUACUGCCUGGUCAUGGUCAUGAGCAUCAUGGAAAUCGGUCACAGCGCCUUUCAACUACAGACGACGAUGGAGAACAGGAAAGAAGCCUUGUCCGGCGUGAGGAGGAUCAGACGGAUCCGUAAUCCCCAGGCAGACGGGGAUGGGGCAGACGAGGAGGAAGCAGAGGAUGAUGACGAUGACGAAGCGAUCCCGCCUUAUCCGAGAGGGAUGUUGAGGCUCGAAGUGAGCGAUGGAUUUCAUACCUUGAAAGCGAUGGAGUAUCAGCGGAUCGAUGGGUUGACGUUGGGGGAGACGGCAUUGGGUAGCAAGAUCCUACUCAAAGGGGUCCAAAUGCGUCGAGGAAUAUUAAUGCUCACCCCAGCAAACACGGUACUUAAGGGGCAAAUGGUGGAGGAGAUCGAGAUGCAUCAAGGUCGCCUUUUCCAGAACGCUCUAUUACGAGCCUUGGGGUACGUGCGGUGUUGGUCGUAUCAUUCUACAUCGCUAACGUCGUGA